AUGCUCCUCGUCCUCGCUGCCACCACUUGUGGCCUCUUCUUCUCCUUCGGCACCUCCGCCCCGAUUGAGCCCCUCGGUCCUGGCGGCACCCCCUUCCUCCUCGACAAGAGCCAGUACUUCAGCCACUCGUUCCUCGAGACCGAGAUCCCCUACAUCGACAUCCCCGAUCAGCUGAUCAAGGAUGUCUACUACUACCGCUGGACCUCGCUCGAGCGCAACCUGCGCUACACCACCCAGGGCACGGGCUACAUGACGACCGAGUUUGUCCAGCCCGUCUGGUACGCCCAGGCCUUUGGCACCAUCAAUGCCGCGGCUGGCCACCACCUCGACGAGGCAAAGUGGCUCCGCAGUCCCAAGUACACCGACGACUACUUCCAGCUCUACGCCCGCGGCCCCGCCAACUCGACCCAGUAUACGGAAUGGAUCCUGCACGCCGCCGAGCGCAAGGCCCUCGUCUCCGGCGACAAGGCCUUCCUGGCCGCCCACCUCGACGACCUGCAGCGCGCCGUCCACGAGUGGGACAAGGUCCUUGACAAGGACGUGGGCCUGUACUACUACCAGCCCGUCUGGGACGCCCAGGAGCUCUCCCUGCCUGGCUUCGUGGCGGACCCGAACAACAUGGACUGGGACCUGCGCAAGGACGGCCCGGACACGUACCGCCCCAGCCACAACGCCUACAUGGUGGCAAACUGCCGCGCCGUCGCACGAGCCGCCGAGUUUGCAGGCAACGCUCAGGUCCAGGCAGAGUAUACCAAGAUGGCAGACGACAUCGAGGCGGCCAUGUUCAAGCACAUGUGGGACCCGAAGAAGCAGUUCUUCAUGGACAUUAUCCGCCCCAACAACCCCAAUCUUACCAGGCUCGACGGCCGCGAGCAGGUCGGAGUUUUCCCAUUCAGGUUUGGCAUUGGCUUGAACGAAACGUACGCGCAGCCGGCUGUAGAUGCGUUGUUUGAUACCCAAGGCUUCCUGACCCCAUAUGGUCCGCCGACGCUCGAGGUUCGGGACCCGUGGUAUAUGGCUGAGAAGCCGGACAGCUACUGCUGCUAUUGGAACGGACAGUCCUGGCCAUACUCGACUAGCCACACGCUCAAGUCCCUUGCCGCCAUUUACCGCUCGGGCACGACCAACCUUACAUCCGACCAGUACUACCUCUACCUCAAGACGUACGCACAGACGCAGCAGAAGGAUGGGCAUCCCUACGUGGCCGAAUCUCACUACCCGCACAAGGCCAUGUGGAGUGCCGACGGUUUUAACCAUUCCGAACACUAUGCACACUCGACCAACAAUGACGACGUCAUCAGUGGCCUGCUGGGUAUCGUGCCUCAGGCCGAUGACACGCUCGUCAUCUCCCCGAUCGUGCCUUCGGACUGGAAGUGGUUUGGAAUCCAGGACCUGAACUACCACGGCCAUCGCGUCACUGUCCUAUACGAUGCCGACGGUACCCGCUACGGGAAGGGCAUCGGCUUGACUGUCUUCAUCGAUAACGAGCAGAUCUACCAGGGCCCGGACAUGAAGGCGACGGUCAAGAUGCCACCUCCCCGCAUCCCGGACAAGGACGUGCCGGUCAACAUUGCGGCAAAUCCUGACGGUGUCGGGCGCUGGCCCAGAGCAGAUGCCACUUACACAUUCCAGGCGGACUGGAGCUACAAAGCGAUCGACGGCGUGGUCUACUACGACAGCGAGCCAGAUAACAGGUGGACGAACUAUCAGUCGCCCAACCAAAACGAUACGCUCACGGUCACCUUCCCGCGGUUCAGGAACAUAUCGUCGGUGACUCUGGCGGCGUUCUCGGAUGUGGACAGGAACGGACAAAUUGACCUGCCUUGGAAGGUCGAGGUGUGGGGUAGCACGGGCCUGCUGGCCACAGUGUCAGACUCCGACCUGGUCGCGAACGACCGUAACACAAUCAGCUUCAACGAGACGGAGACGUCGUUUGUGGCUCUCAACCUGUACAACCAGCCCGGCAGGUUUGUCGGUCUUUGCGAGGUUGAGGUCUGGGUCCCACCGGCUGGAUCCGUAUACCACGCUGCCGACGCCCUGCUAAAGGGCGAGACAGUGGACGUGCUGCUGGAAGGUAACGUGAACGGUGUGAAGCCCAAGAGCGUCGUCGGAGCCAUGGCAGCCGAUAGCAUCGUGUCAUUCUCUGGCGUGCUCGGGCCGGCAGCAGCUGGGAGCAGCACCGUCACAAUCGUCUAUGCCAACGCUGGCGAGUCGACGCUCAACUUGGCGCUCGAGGUGAACCAAGUGCCGCAGGCGGUCGGCGUUGCGCUGAAGCCCACGGAAGACGGCGCGUACGCCAGUGUGGACGUGCCUGUGAAGCUGGCUUCGGGCAAGAACUUUGUGACGCUGAAGGGAGGCUCUCCGUGGAUCAAACUCGACACUCUGACCGUGUCUUGA